ACUACCCUUGACCGGUCAAUUGUAGUAUGGAACUAAACUGAAACCAUACGCUCAGCUGCUUGCUGUUUUAGGGUUUCUCUUUUUACUUCUAAGUUCUCUCUUUAGUCACCGGAGCUGCUAAAGGAUGGAGUCCAACGGCGGCGGCGCGUCACCUAUCCGUCGAGAAAUCGAAGCUUUGAAGGAAGAAAAAGCCCGGAUUGAGCAAAGGAUUUCGGUCCUCGAAGCUCAGCUCCAAGAAGAAGCUUCAUUAGCACUUCAACAGCAGCAAAACGACGGCGUCUGCAAUGGUUUUUGUCCUUCGGAAAUAUCCUCCGUCGAUGCCAAUCUGGCUCACGGGUUAUCGGCGGAUAGUAUUUACCGUUACAGCCGUCAUCUUUUGCUUCCUUCUUUUGGAGUCCAAGCACAAUCAAAUCUCUUGAAGUCUUCAAUAUUGGUUGUUGGAGCUGGAGGUUUGGGUUCGCCGGCUUUAUUAUAUCUUGCAGCUUGUGGUGUUGGUCGCUUGGGUAUCGUUGAUCAUGAUGUUGUUGAGCUUAAUAAUAUGCAUAGGCAGGUUAUUCACACUGAAGCAUACAUUGGUCAGCCAAAAGUGAAGUCUGCUGCUGCUGCUUGCCGCUCGAUCAACUCCACUAUACAGAUUGUUGAACACAAACAAGCUUUGCGCACAUCUAAUGCUUUGGAAAUUUUGAGCCAAUAUGACAUAGUUGUCGAUGCAACAGACAAUGCUCCCAGUCGAUACAUGAUAAGUGAUUGCUGUGUUGUGUUGGGAAAGCCUCUAGUAUCGGGUGCUGCACUAGGAUUGGAAGGGCAGCUGACAGUAUACAAUUACAAAGGAGGUCCGUGUUAUCGAUGCUUAUUUCCGACUCCUCCUCCUACAACUGCUUGUCAAAGAUGCUCGGAUAGUGGAGUUCUUGGAGUUGUUCCUGGAAUUAUUGGCUGUCUUCAAGCUCUAGAGGCCAUUAAAAUAGCCAGCGAUAUUGGUGAACCGCUUUCAGGACGGAUGCUUCUUUUUGAUGCGUUAUCAGCUAGGAUUCGAAUUGUCAAAAUAAGAGGCAGGUCUUUGCAAUGCGAAGUUUGUGGAGAAAAUACGACAUUUAACCAACAGCAAUUCAAAGAUCUUGAUUAUGAGAAGUUCACUCAAUCGCCAUUGUCAACCUCUCUGCAAAAGCUGAAACUACUCUCCCCCGAUUCUAGAAUAACCAGUAAAGAGUACAAAGAGAGGAUCAUAAGUGGGGAACCACAUGUUUUGGUGGAUGUUCGACCGGAACUUCACUACAAGAUAGUUUCUAUCCCCAACUCAUUGAACAUUCCGCUCGCGAGCUUGGAGGCUCGACUGCCCGAAAUAUCUUCCGCACUUAAAGAACAAGAGAAGGAAAGCACCGGAUCGGGAGCUAACCUAUAUGUAAUAUGCAGAAGAGGUAAUGAUUCUCAAAGGGCCGUUGAUUACCUCCGAAACAAGGGAUUCGAUUUAGCCAAGGAUAUUGUCGGGGGCUUGGAUUCAUGGGCCAAUGAUGUUGAUCCCAAUUUUCCUAUGUAUUAAGUACAAAAGCUAUUCCAGUUUUGCCUGUUAGAACUGAAACAUGUCUUGUUAUAAUCUCAUAUUUAUAUUUAUCUUCAACAAACACCUUUUACCUUCAAAA